GCGGAGGAUUCUUUAGCAGGAAGACGGAGUUUGAGAAUGAAGAUCACGACGGAGCGCGAUCAGUGACGAAGGAGAUAGUGAAUCAAUCGGUCAGUGGCUGCACACGCAUUGCUUGGAGAACCUUUGGCUCAGCCAACCUGUACACCGACGUUUAACUGAAGGCGCAGAGCGCCGCCAAUUAGAUGGUGCAGCCUGCUCGGCGCUUUGAAACACCUUAGACAGACGCACGGACACCGCAGCAUACAUCACGUUCCGCUGCCACCGAUGUCUGCAAGGCGAACCAUUUGCCUUGAGUGCUGGCAGGUUUUAAGUCUUGCUGCGUCCGCCAUCAUCGCUCGACCACUGACCCCUUCCUUGUGCUAAGAUGGUUCUAUGCACUGUCCAUACGCCUGACGAACCGGACAAUACCUGGACGGUUGUCCGGCCUCCACGGUGCCACAAGAACACAAAGGGCGCUUAUCGGAAGCCUAUACGAGCUUCGGACGUCUCUACUGCCGCUCGUCGCGCCCAGCAUUCCAUUCAGAAACCUCCAGCUGUGGCCAAGUCGCCAUCUUGGUCCUUACAGAAUAACGAUACACCGUCAAUGCCGUCGGUCUUGCCGCAGCAUUCCAUGCUCGUCACUAAUGGAGACUAUGCUCAAGAACAAGCCCAGGAGCCCUUUGGGGAUUUUGGAAGCGCGCAUGCUAGUCAGAGGAACUCACCGGCAUCCACGGCUCUCGGAAGGCAACUCGCUGCUCUUGAGUUUAUGCCACAGUCAGGAAGCUCAGGGCCCGGCGACAAGCCGUCAAGGUCUACUAGACAGGCAGUCACCCGCAAUACCAAAGCAAGACCUACUGGCAUACUGACUCUGGCUGAAAAGGCCAACUUCACCGGCCUCAUCCUCCAACCUGACUCUCCUCAUGUCACUGAGGAGCAACUCACUACUGAAAUCAGAGCAAUCUACGCCGGCUUAAUUAUGGCAGAGGCCAAGUGUAUCAAUGUUGACGCUGCGCUAGCAGCAGACCCGAACAGUAAACUUGAGGACUCGCAGUGGCAGGCGCUCGUUGCGCUACACCGUACCCUGAUGUACGAACAUCAUGAUUUCUGUAUGGCGACACGACACCCUUCUGCGACACCGUCCUUACGUGGUCUGCCGAUCAAAUAUGCUAUGCCCGCCAGGAUGUGGAAGCACGCUAUCCAUACCUUCCUCGAGCUGCUCCGACAUCGCAGACCCGACUCGCAAGACUAUCUGGAGUCCUUCCUCUAUCUCGCGUACCAAAUGAUAGCACUGUUAUAUGAGACUGUACCAGAAUUUCUCGAUACAUGGAUUGAGUGUUUAGGUGACCUGGCUCGCUACCGUACGGCUAUAGAGACCGACCGUCCGACUUACAAUUCCUGGGCUACCGCUGCAGCAGGAUGGUAUAACAAAGCAUCUGACCGACAUCCACAGAUCGGCCGUUUGUAUCAUCAUCUAGCGAUUCUACAGCCACCAGGUCUCCAUAAGCUCGCGCUAUACGGCAAGUCAAUGAGCUGUGUGAUUCCGUUCUCAAAUGCAAGAGAUUCUCUUGCACACCUCUGUGCCGGUAUUCUUAAGAAUCAGCUUCAUGUCGACUGUUCUCCGAGCAGGGCUGUCGAGGCUGCCUUGUGUAAGGUCUCCGCCGCGAUCUGCUUAGGCUGGCCUGAUGCGGCAAUUAGCGAAAACUUUGACGAAGCAAUAUCCUUCUUGAACAAACCCGACACGUUCUCUUGGCGCUUCUGUGGUGUACCACUGGCUAUAGCAAACAUCUCUGCGCUGUUCGGCAAUGGAUCUUCCCUCAACUUUCUUCGCCAAACAUUGGAGUUUACCAACCGCGAAGAUACCAAGCUUUAUCAUGAUAGCGGUGAGAAGCUGUCCGAAUGCGACGACACGGCCCCUAGCCCGACGGACCUUGGCUGUGCUGAAGCUUCCCGGCUACUCUUGUGGGCCAAAAGGCUCACUCUUGCUUGCUGGACACCGGCUUUGCGCCUGGCCUCUACCGGCGAUACGAUGGCAUUCAAUCAUACUAUGCUUUCCUUCGUCCACUGUCUGGCUAGAGCGGAGGCUAACUGUAAAGCUGUACCUAGUGUUUAUAGGGCACUGACGUCUGUUAUCACGCUUUCAGACUUUGCCUGGUCCGAAAUCAGCGAGCUCUUAAACCGGGUUGCUCAAGUAUAUCCAUUAACACUUGCAAUCAUGCAGCAUGCUAAGCAAGGCACAUGGCCGGGCUCAGAAGACGUCUUGAGUGCUAUGCCUCUACCGGAAGACUGGAGUCUGCGGGGCAUGAUCUGGCAAUUUGCGUGUUUCUGUCCGGGUUGGUUCAAUGGGAAAGGGGACAUUUGGGAAAGAAUGGUGGAGGACGAUCGUGCGACCAUAGCACGAGCAGAGCGGACAAUAUACCUUGGCCUGAGAUUGGCAUUCGUGGGUUACGUUUGUCUAUAUGUGGUGUUGAAAGCUAAUAUCUCGUAG